AUGCACAUCUCACUUGAGACUGUCCAUAUUAUGCCAGUGCCUCUCUGCUACUUUUUAAUGACAAUUGCAAUUACUACAACCUACAACACUCCUCUGAAUCUGGCCCUGAUGGCUCUCGAACGCUACAUUGCUAUCUGCAAACCACUGCAUCACCCAAACAUCUGCACAGUGCGCAGAAUGUACAUCACUCUCAACAUAAUGUGGCUGAUCAGUUUUCUUUCUCCAGCAUCAGAUGUUAUAAUUGUCAUUAAUGUAGAGUCUGUGAACUUCUUCAAUGCUAAAAUCAUAUGCGACAAUGACAGUUUUCUUCGGACUUAUUCUCAGUCUGUUAAAAGGAAUUACAUGAGCAUUACAUAUUUUGCAGUAGCUUGGUUCACAAUGGCUUACACAUACAUUCAUAUUGUCAUUGCAGCACGAUCAGCCAGUCGCUCUGAGAAAUCUUCUGCUAAGAAGGCCUACAAUACAGUACUGAUGCAUGCCAUCCAGCUCACUCUGAGUUCACUCAUGUUCAUCGUUCCCCUAGUCAAUAAUCUUUGGCUGUACUUUCAAAGACAAGAUCCAGAAGAUAUACAAUAUUUCACAUAUAUAUUAAUAAUUUUGUUUCCACGUCUUUUGAGUCCCCUCAUUUAUGGGGUAAGGGAGGAAAACUUCAAAAAAUAUCUCAAAGUCUAUGUGAAGGUUUGUGCUUUUGUAAAAGGAGACCCAUCUAGCUAA